AUGCCAUACAAGACCAUAGUCGAAACUGAUGCCGACGUGCUCGCCGAACGCGAAGCUGAAUAUGGUCAACUCAAACAUGCUCUCCACCUUGCUCAGGCUGAUCGUCAGUAUUAUAUCGAAGAAAUGCAAUCGGCAAUGAGCAAAAUGAAAAAAACAAUAGAAAAACUUGAAGCUGAACGAAAUGAACUUUUGGAGCAAAUAUCGAUCGUUGAUAGCAAAAUUAAUCAGGCCAAGGACCAAAGAACAUGCGAGGACUUAGCUAAUCUAGCGGAUAAUAAGGACUGGUUACAACAACAAAUUGCUCAAGAAAAGGCAAAACAUGUCGAGUUAGAUGUUAAGACACGCGAACUAGAAAAGAAUCUCUGGUCGUUAAUUCAUACAGCCGGAACAACUCUAGGCGCGCAGGAGGCCAUGGACAAACUGCGAAAGAAGCAGGCCUGCCUUGAAGGCCGUGUGGUACACGCUCUCAAAACAUACAAUGAUGCUCUAGGGAAAAAUAUGCAGUUACGAGGUGAAAUAGAUACACUGAGAAUGGAACGUGGGCGGUUUGACUUAAUAUAUCGGAAAAUCGACUUAACGCUAACGAAAAUGCGAAACGAGAUCAGUCGCCUCACUGCUUUUACGACUCAAGCCUACGCUCAAAGGGAAGAGGCAGCUCAGAGAAUACAAGCAUUGACUGAUAAAGCCGAGAAGGACAACCAACAGCACAAUAUCGAGAUGAAGGAGCUUGUUCGACUCAUAGAUCAUGAAAGAAAGUUAAAGCAGUUCAUGAAAAUAAAAGCUGCCGAACGCGAGGAGGAUCCACAACUUACGGCAUGGAGGGCCAAAAAGGAGGCAGAAGCAGAAGAAAAGCGGGAACAGGUUGAGCAGACUAUUCGACGAUACGAGGAGUCCUUCGAUCGAAUGCUCGUUCUCGCUAAAACGUCCAGCACUGACAAACUAGUAGACAGCUUCCUCUUUAACGAAGAUCGAAACUUUGCUCUAUUCAACUACGUCAGCGAAAUUAAUGGCGAAAUUGAAAGGCUUCUUAAUGAGAAUGAAGAGAUCAAGAAACAAAUAGAUGACUACAGAAAUUCCAUGAACAAUACCAUUACGGAGAAGCGUCAGGAAUUGGAAAAUCUUGAGUCCACGAAUAACAAAAUUGAGGAAGCAACAGAGAAGAUUCGCACAAAGUUGGAAAAAACGAAACAGCUCCUACAAGAAACUGCCGUAAUGACAGGAGACUUGGCGGAAAGACUUGAUUGUGAUACGAGUAUUCUCGAAAGGCGACUGGCGGCCUCUAAGGAUCCGACCCUCGAAACGGUUCUUGAUUACUUGGCAUUGAUUGAGGAGCGUAUCGACAACCUGCUCCUAGUUCGACAAUACAUUGCCAACAUCGAUUCUGACGCCCCUUAUAUCGCGAAGCCGAUUCUGAUGGGUGGUAAUCUGCUUCCUUUAAGCUCUUCUCUUCCCACCAUCAUACCACCCAGCCUGCACGCGGAUUUUGAUGAACUCGCCGAUGGAGGUGAACUGAAAGUACCACUGUCGAGGGAAGAAUUGCAUAAACGGGUGAUUUCACAAAUGGAGACGAAGCAUACCGAUCCAGCGGAAAAGGACGCUGAAGUCGACAAGUAG